AUGGAAAGUCUUUAUUUCGAUUCCUCGAAGUCGAACAACAAGAAGAAAGCUCUAUAUGCAGCUCUAGCAGUCAUAGGGGUUGUUUGCAUAGUCGGAGCUAUCGCUCUUGCAACUUCAGGCCCAAGUUCACUUGCCCUCCAACAAUUCCAGCUUGAAGAGCAAGAAUUCCAAGAGUUCAUGUCUCUCUACAAUAAAGAAUACUCCACACCUGAAGAGUACGUCCACAGAUUCCAAGUCUUCCGUGACAAUGCAGCCUAUAUCAGAAUCCACAAUAGCCUAGGAGAAGACUGGACCUUAGGAGUCAAUGAAUUUGCUGACCUUUCCUUCAAUGAAUUCGGCAGCAUAUACCUCACAAGCAAAGUCCCAAAGAGUGCACUUAAAGCUACUACCACUCCUAAAGCUGUACCAAGUGACCUAAAAAUUUAUCCUUCUUGGGACUGGAGACAGUGGGGCAAAGUAACCUCAGUCAAGAACCAAGGACAAUGCGGAAGCUGCUGGGCUUUUUCAGCUACUGGAGCAGUUGAAAGCUUGUGGGCGAUCUCCAAUCACACUUUGAUCGACCUCAGUGAGCAAGAACUUGUUGAUUGCUCAUUUAGCUUCGGCAACUCUGGCUGCCAAGGCGGCUGGAUGAACAAUGCUUUUGAAUUUAUUCAGCAAAAUGGCUUGACUUCUGAAUCAAACUAUCCUUAUACAGCAACUAACAAUACCUGCAACUACACUUUGGCAGCACAGUCAAAUAUCACCCGUAUUGAUGGAUAUCAGAUCCCAGUCUCGAACAGCAGUGUAUGGCUUGAAAUUAGCCUCUUAACUAAUCCAGUAUCUGUUGCAGUCCAGGCUGACCAAAAGGUUUGGCAACUUUAUAAGGGAGGAGUUGUGACCAAGAACUGCGGAACUGACUUAGACCAUGGAGUACUUGUAGUUGGAUAUAACUCUGUCGUGAAAAAGCCUUACUAUAUUGUCAAGAACUCUUGGGGCACUCAAUGGGGAGAACAAGGAUACAUCAGAAUUGGAAUUGAAGAUGGAGUCGGUGUUUGUGGAAUCCAGAUGUACCCAUCUUACCCGUUCUAUCUGAACCCUUAUAAUGCCACUAAGGCUUAA